AAAUGAUUAAUUAAUAAUCUGAUAAAAAAUUUGUCGAAAUUCUGACACCAAUUUUAUCAGAUUAAGAAGAGGAGAAUUCGAAUGAGAAACAAUACUAGACUUUGUAAAUGAGUAUUUAAUAAUAAUAGAUAACUUUUGUAUAUGUCUCCUAAUUUAUUGAUUAAAUUAUGGCCUGAUAUCAAGAAGUAAUUAGGAUUUUUAAAGUCAGCAUACAAUAAUUUGACUCCUUUUGGUGUGUAAUAAAUAAUAGAAGAUAUUUACUGUUUGCAUUUCCCAAAUGUAAAAUAUUUGAAUUAAACUAAGCCAUAAUAAAUUAAGAACAAAAUUAAUUUCAAAAAUUUCUCUCUAGCUUUAGAUGGAUUUCCAUAAAAAAAAGAAUUCUUAUAAAAAAUACCAUAAAUAGCUGAUUUGGCUCUAAAAUUAGAUUAUGAGUUUAAAGAUUAUCUGAGCAUGCUUUUAGAUAGAGUAGAGUUAAAAAGAAUAUAAGUAGCAAUAUUAUUGGCAAACAUGUUUUUAUGUUCGAUGCACUUAUAACCUGAUUUUAGAGCAUUGCCUCCAGUUUUUGUAAUGGGAAGAUUAUUUAAUAGAUAAAGUGAAGAUAGUGCAUAAAAUAAUAAUAAGAUUUAAAAGAUAAGAUGUUUAUUUUAUUAUUUUUUGCAUGUAUUUUCACCAGAUUUUAAAGAAUAAGAAAAAAUAGUAUUUAUAAGAAAAAAGCAAAAUUUGACAAUAGGUAGUAAUCCAUUAUGUGAAUUUAUAUAUUGUGAGUAUGGAUAGAUGGAGAAUGCAUCAGAUUUUUAUAUAGUUGAUUUUGCAAAUAAAAAAAUAGGUGGUGGAGUAUUAAAUUUAGGAUGUGUGUAAGAAGAGAUAUUAUUUUUAUGUCAUCCUGAAGCAUUAGCAUCAUUAUUAAUAACAACAGAAAUCCAACAAGAUGAAUCAAUAAUUAUAGAGAAAGUUAAUAGACUUAUAAUGUAUGAUGGCUAUAGAGAUAAAUUUGAAUGUAAGGGUACUGUUAAAUAAAUUAGAAGUGUGAAUUUUAUUGUAAGAAAUUAUUAUUAUUAUGAUAGUGUAUAGAUGCUGGAGAUUAUAGUGAUAAUUACUCUUAUUAAUAUAAAAAUUACAAAAGAGAAUUGAUUAAAUCAUAUAGUGGGUUUUAUGGAAUCCAAAAGAUAUGUACUGGAAAAUGGGGUUGUGGAGCUUUUGGAGGUGAAUGGCAAUUAAAAGCUUUAAUACAAUGGGUUGCUGCAUCGUUAGGAGGAUGCCAAUAAUUACUUUUUAUUAAUGAUGAAUCUUACCCAUUCAAUUAGGCAUUCAAUUUGAUAAAAAGCCUAAAUUCUAAUUAAUUAUGGGAAUAAAUAUAAAAAUAUUGUUAGAAAAAAUAACAAGAUGAAUUAAGCAAUAUAAAUGCUAUUGAUUUUAUAUUGUCUCAAAAAUAAUUUUGA